AUGGCUGGUCGUAGUUCAAACAAGAAGACAAUCGAACUCCCUUCUGAUUUGGUCAUUGAAAUUCUCGCGAGGGUUCCAGUUAAGGACCUGGUCCGGUUCAGAUGCGUCUGCAAAAGAUGGAGACUACUGUUUGGAGCCAAGAACUUCAUCAACAAGCAAAUGACUUGGGCCCCAAGAAAGCUUCUUGGGUUGCAAGACAAUGGAGAGUUUCCUCCUCGUAGCAUCCUUUACGAGAAAGGAAACAACGGUAAACCCAAAAUGACACUCAAAGAAGCCGAUCUAACUUCCGGAGACAAAUGUUUGGUCGGCUUAGACGUGAUCGGUCAUUGCGAUGGACUGUUCUGUCUCAGGCUCCAAGACAGAACUUUAGCUGUUUGGAAUCCGUUGCUGAGGCAAGUAAGAAAGGUAUCAUCAAAAUCUACAAAGCCAAUAACUUCUCAUGAUUUGAUAGGUUUCGGUUAUGAUCAUUCGAUUGAUGAUUACAAGAUUGUGAUCUUCUCGGCAAUGUCUGAAACCAUAAUGGCUCCAAAAUAUUGGUCUCGAGGCGAAAUCUUCACGGUGAAGUCAUCUUCCCGCUGGAGUCUCGAUCAAUUUCCAGAAUCAAUCCGUCGUUGUUUUGACAUAAGAGGAACUCUUGCAGGCAAUAAAAUCUUCUGGCAAGUGAAUAACGAUCCCGACAACGCAGCGGAAUACGAAACUAUCCUUAGUUUUGAUCUAUUGUCUGAGAAGUUCGAGUACAAGUCUUUUCCUAGAAAUCUUAAAGGAUUGAUCCGAGGUUUAGUUGCAGUACGAGGAAGUCUAGGGUUUGUGGAAAUGUGCAUGUUCCAAUUCUGGACAAAGAUAGUUGUUUGGACCGCAAGCAAUGACAAAUCUUGGAGCAGGUUGUGCAUAGUUAAGGAUUUUUUCGAUGGCUUUAUAGGGUCUCUGAGAAACGACGCCGCUUUACUUGGAACAUAUAAGGCUAGAAAAGAAUGGAAAGUGAAGUAUUUGGGACAUGAAGCUACGAGCAUUUGCGCUUAUAACUUCGAGAAUCCUAAGAAUCCGAAGUUUAUUGAGGUCGAGACUAAGUUCAAGUCGUGUUCUAUUACUUUAUAUGAUUACGUUGAGACUUUGCUUCCAGUUAAAUAA